UUUAAAAAAGAAUCAAUAGAGCAAUGUCGUUGUUUAAAGCGAGGUCUUUCUGGUCGACGUUCUGCGAUGUUGACGAAAAGUUUGAUCAAAAUUGCCUACAUCUCGCGCAUCUCGGCGACCACUUUGAUAAAAUAAUCAUCGGCAGUCACAGUGGCAUUUUGAGAAUUUUUCAAUCGGGGACAGAAUUAAAUGGGGAAAAUGCGGUCAACGAGUUUCAACCGUCCGAUUUGCUUAUUGAGAAAAUUUUUGCAGAUCCAAUCUUGCAAAUUUCAACUGGACGUUUGGUGUCUGGGUCAACAAAGACGUACAUAGCAGUUUUGUAUCCUAGAACCAUUUCAGUUUAUGGCUUUGUGAGCAAAGAAGGUGCAACAGAACAUGGCACUCAAAAUAUGCUACCAAUAAUUUACGAGCAUAAGUUGAAGAGAUCUGCUGCCAACUUCUGUGUGGGUCCAUUCGGAGGUUCUUUCACCCGUGAUUUCAUUUGCAUACAGUCUCUUGACGGUCUUUUGAUAUUUUUUGAACAGGAAAGUUUCGCUUUCUGUUGCUUUCUACCACAGUUUCUGCUUCCUGGACCACUGAUAUACAUUAAGAAGACAGAUGCCUUUUUAACAAUGUCCUCAACGUGGCAUCUUACAAAUUUCAGCUACAAAAAUCUUUCGGAAGCCGGUCACGAUACCCACGAGGACGACUGCAGCGGUACUAAAAUUGCACACAAUUGGGCGUACAACGUGGGCGAAGACGUCAUAGACUUGCAUUAUGUGCUAGAUGCGUAUAACGAAGGCUACAUAAUAGCCGUGGGAGAGAAACACCUAUUCUGUUUAUCCGAAAGUGGCAUCUUAAAAUUUGUGAAGAAGCUCGACUACACCCCCAUCUGCAUGCACGCCUAUACAUUAGACGUGGAAAACAGCGUGUGGACGUUAAUUGCAUCAGAAACUGGUAAUCUCUUCAUUUAUCUCAACACCACCUUAAAGUGGUCGGCCCAGUUACCCAUCCUUCCCACUGCGCUAAAGAGAGCAACGUUCAAAAAUGUAAACGGUGCGCUUGUCAUACUAUCAGAAGAUGGAAAUCUCCACUGCAGUUACUUGGGAACGCAGCCCCAUUUGUUUUCGACCCCUCCACUUGCCAAUCAAGAACUAGAUUAUGAAAAAGUGGAAGCGGAACUGCUUUCUUUAACACGAAUAAUCAGAAAUUACUACUCUAGCGAUAACAAACUGACCAACAUUACCAACGAAACUGAGCUACAAAUGACGGUCACAGUAACCCCACAGUUCAGCGCAAAAGCUUCCGAUUUCCACCCAAACUGCACUGUUUCAGUGAGCGUAACACCCAAUGUCAUUUUGGAAGAAAUCCAAGUGACGAUCCUCGUUCAAAAACCACUAAAGUGCACUAAACAAAUUGAGUAUUACAGAAGUUUAACGGACAAAGUUACUUUCGAAAGUAACGUAUCCGUUGACACAUCACCUAGAUGCUGCCCCAGUUUGAAUGUGGAAGUAAUUUCCUCUGUUUUAACAAACUUAGGAGUACCGAAAGUAAUAAGAAAAUCCGUUGAGUUGCCUCUGAGGUUAUUUUUUUGCAAAACUGAAGUGGCAAAAGAAAACAGGUGCAAAGUAACACUGGAUAUAAAUCAGGAGACUGUUCCGUUAUCGAUCCUAUUUCCUGAAUUUACCGAGGGACAAACGGCAUUGGUCAAUGAAAUUCGACUAAAAAGCCGAUGUGAGUCGGUAGUCACAGUAAUGAAGCAUUCCAACAAAUAUCGGGUAUUUUCCGACUCACUGCUGAACCUUAACUUAGUAGUACAAAGCCUGAUUACAAGAUUAAACAAGCAUUUUGCGAAUGAGAACAACUUUGUUUUAAGUUUUAAUGACAAACUGCCAAUAGUUGAAUUUCUCUCACAUGUAAGAGAGCAUUUCGCAAGAAACCAAGCAGUUGCAGAUUUACGCAAAAAAUUGAUCCAACUGAGCGGGCAGUUUCGCAUAAUACAAAAACGACUAAUCACGAAAUUUAAGGACAAGAACCCCACAAGUUUAUCAAACAUGGAAAAACUGCUACAGCAAACUUACACCGAUAUCAUCCAGACAGGAACCGAUUUAGAAUUGGAACUUGGUAAUUUACAAGUGGCCCAACUUCAUCUGUCCACAGUAUUGCACCUUAUGGUUUUGUUAAUGAGGCUGAUGAAUGUUAAUAAAAACCUAACGCCUAUUUUGGAAACUACAUUCUGCUCGUGCGUGUACGAUAUUGAAACUCAAAAUUGGGAGGACGUUCUAGAAACAUCCCUAUGUUACAUCUUACGCUCGAUGUUAUCCAGCACGGAGGGAGAGAAGAUUAAACUCACCACAUCUGUUGAAGUACAAAAUGUCGAGCAACUGGAAUUGCAUAUUAGGCAGGUUUUGGAACGUAUGCAAUUGCCGAACACAAUUCCGGAGGAGCAAGCGGAAUCAGAUCCUGUACAAGAGCAAGACAAUAAUGAAAUAGUUUCUUUGGGAAGUAAACUAGGAGUAUCAAGUUCAAGAGCUGUUUCUGCUAAACGGAGGGUGAUGUUGACUACACUUGAGCCCUAAAUUGUAGUGCGAUUUUUUUACUGCGUUGGUUGUUGAAUGUAAUAUAGUAAUAAGUAUACA